AUGCCUACUAGAAUUAUCUACGGACUUGCAGGCUUUGUUCCCUUGGAGAUCCGAGGAUUUCUUUCACGUUCUCUUUCACUCCCCCUCAUUCUCUCUCUCUAUCUCCAUUUCUCUAUUUCUCGUUCUCUCCCCUUCUUUCUCUCUCAUUCCCUCCCUCUCCGCUCUUUAUCCUCUCUCCCCCUCUUUAUCCUCUCUCCCCCUCUUUAUCCUCUCUCUCCCACUCUCUAUCAUCUCUCUCUCUCCCCCUUUUUUAUACACUCUCUCAUUCUCUCUCCCUCUCUCUCAUUCCCUCUCUGUCCCUCUAACUUUACCUCCCUCCAUCCCCCUCUCUCCAUCCAUCCCUCUCUCUCCUCCUUCGUAUCGUCUCCCUCACUCCCUCUUUGUACCACCCUAUACCCCUCUCCCUCAAUCCCUCUCUCACCCUCCAUCCUUCUCUCUCCCCUUCUCCACCCUCUCUCUCACUCCCUCUCUGCUCUCUGCCCCUUUCUUGCUCCAUCUCUCUCCCUUCACAUCCUCUCUCCCUAUCUCCUACUCUCUCUCCAUUCCUAUCCUCUCUCUCUUUCCCUCUCUCUCUCUCCCUCUUCCCCCUCUAUAUCCCUUCCCCCCACUCUCUCUGCAAGUAUCUUCGUCUGA